AUGACGACCGGAGAGAUCGACUUGGAAGAAAAGCUUCGCCGCCUCCACGAAUAUUCCCCCUGUGAUGUAUCAGAUGCGCUGCUGAAACUCCAGAAGACAAAGCCAGGAGAGGUCGCGAGGGCAGGCCAUCUGGCUGAUAUUUUACCGAUUGUCCUACCACAGUCAAAGGGAGAUACUCAAAAAGUGAUUGCCCCGGCAUGCACCUUGAAGCUGGUGUCGAAGGAUGCCACGCCCGAUACAAGCGCUCCAGCGGAAAAAUCCAUUCCAAAGGGAAGCCACUGGGUCGACAUGACAGAGCCUGGAACCAUUGUUGUGAUUGACCAGCCACAAGACCACAAGUGUGCGGCCGUGGGAGGCAUCAUGGCGCAGAGGAUGAAGAUCAGAGGCGUGGCCGGGUGCAUCGUCGGUGGUCGCGUCAGGGAUUUGGCGGAGCUGAGGGAGACUCAGUUGCCGAUAUUCGCGCUGGGCAAAUCGACGGUCGGAACAGGUGCCGAGGCGACAGCAUAUGCCCGCAACGUCCGAGUAUCCAUAACCGGCGUCGAUGUUUCGCCCGGCGAUAUCAUCUUCUGCGAUGCCUUGGAAGGCGUGGUUGUCAUUCCUCAGGACCUGCUCGACGAAACCCUCUCGCUGAUGCCGAAGCUCGUCGCCGCGGACGACAAGGUCAAAGACGCCGUGGUGGGAGGCAUGACCGUGGCAGAAGCCUUCAGAACUUUCCGAAACUGA